AUGGCCCCUCCACAAUACAUUAUCAACGCUCAUAUUUUUGGCGAGACCUAUGACAACGAAGAAGUUGGUUUUCUGUUUAGAAACACUGAGGUUAAACGAUUUUGUUUAAGCAGAAAAGCAAAUUUCAGUUACUUCAAAGGGAGAUUAGAGACGAAGCUUGCAAUGGGUGGUGUAUCCCAGAUUUUUUACCAAUAUCAAUUUCUUCGUGGGGACAACCCGGUCAAGUUUAUCCAAGUUGAGAUCAAAGACGAUGAAGACAUGCAGAAUAUGUUUGCCAAUCAUGAGUAUUCUGGUUACGAAUGCAUAGAACUGUAUGUUACUCUACCCGAAGUUCAACCCACACAGAUGGUUGAGUCACAGGUCAUUGAUGCACUUGGAGACGAGCAAGCAGAGGUCGACGUUGUGGAUGAAGAAGAAGAAGCACCGGAAAUAGAAGUUGAUGACCUGGUAAACGAGGAAUGUGAGGAUGAACCGGAAGUUGUUGUACCACGAGAUCAAGUGCAUAUGCCUCCAGUGCACAUGAGGAACCUGAAUUUUGAUGGGGAUGACGAACCAUCGACUGAUAUUUUCUAUGACCCAUACACCCAAACAGAUCAACGGUUAAAAGUAGGAGACAGAUUUCGUUCUAAGGAGGCAUGUAUCAUGGCGAUAAAAAGAUUUCAUAUGGCAAACAAUGUUGAUUUUAGAGUUGAUCGCGCCAAUGUCGAAAGGUACAAAAUUUACUGUAGUAACACUGAUUGUGGAUUCAGGUUGCAUGCAUCAUACAGGAAGAGAAGUGACUCAUGGGUUAUAGGAUAUAUUUCCCAAGAUCACACAUGUGUUAACACAAACGUUUCACAAGAUCACCGUAAGCUCAGUUAUGACAUCAUUUGUCAAGAAAUCCUGCCUCUAGUUGAAAAAGAUCCAUCGUUAAAGGUGAAAACAAUAAUCUCUCAUAUCGUUGCAACGUACAACUACACUCCGUCUUAUAGAAAGGCGUGGCUGGCGAAGACCAAGGCGAUCGAAGUUGUGUAUGGAAAUUGGGAGGAUUCGUAUAAACGACUCCCACAUUUCUUAUAUGCGCUUCAAAUGUAUGCUCCUGGGACUGUUACUAUUUUAGAGACCCUUCCGGCGCAAUCUCCAGACGGAACAUCACUUCAAGGAAAUGUGAUAUUCCACAGGCUCUUCUGGGCUUUCCGCCCAUGUGUACAAGGAUUUUCAUAUUGCAAACCAAUUCUUCAAAUAGAUGGUACUUGGUUGUACGGAAAAUAUAAAGGCACCAUGUUGAUGGUUGUGGCUCAAGACGGAAAUAGUAACAUCUUUCCUGUUGCUUUCGCUCUUGUGGAAGGAGAAACUGCUGGAGGCUGGGGUUUCUUUCUCAGAAAUCUUCGGACACACGUUGCCCCCCAACCUGGACUUUGCUUGAUUUCAGACAGACAUGCUGCCAUCGAGAGUGCGGCUCUUCGGAAGACUCUUGUCAAUGCCGGAUAUGCGUUGACUCAACCGACGUUCCAUUAUUAUCGCCAAGAAAUUGUAGCGGCAAAUCCAGAUGCAGGUAGAUGGGUUGACAGUCUUGCUAGAGAGAAAUGGACCAGAUCAUACGACAACGGGAAGCGAUGGGGGCACAUGACUACGAAUCUUGUGGAGUCUAUGAACGGGGUGUUUAAGGGCAUCAGACACCUUCCGAUUACUGCCUUGGUGGAAGCAACAUACUAUAGGAUGGCUUCUCUUUUCGCAAAAAGAGGUGCUGAAAAAUGGAGUUUUGGGGUUUCUGGUACGAGGUAA